CCUCCCGCGUCUCCGUCUCCUCCUCUCAGUCCUCCGCUGUUUUCCUCCGUAUCGGCUGUCCGUGUUGCCCGCUUCCAUCGCCUCCUCCCCGGCUUUCUUCACUGGGGAACACCGCUGGUUUUUUAAACUGCGUCUGUGGAGCUUUUUUUUUUUCUUUUUUCUUUUUUCACCUUUAACAUGAGUACCCGUCGGUACCCGAGCUCGAGCUGGUUGUUUUGGGUCUCCACGUGCCUGCUGAGCCUGGCUGUUUUGACCCGGGCUCUGGAGCUCGAGGGGCUGUUUGAGUUUGGAGAAGAAGCCGGGGACCUGCAGCUGGUGCCCGGCUCCGACUCCACCGCCGAGCUGCCUCUCAACGGAUCUCUGUUUCUCUUCGCCGACACCUUCGACAAAGUUUACAUAAACACGAAUGGAUUUGUGUCCGUGGUCGAGCCUCCGGCCGAGGAGCAGUACCUGGGGAAGAUGCCCGCCAGUUUCAAAAUGAUCGCCGCUCUGCUGGGCGACCUGGACGACAGCGACGGACGGGGGAAGGUCCACUUCAGGUGGGACAGCAGCCCGGAGGUACGGAAUCGAACCGCUGAACACGUCAGGCGAGCGUUCCCCAGAGACGACCCAGAGGAGCCUGUCGGCGUCCUCAUCGUCACCUGGGAGAACAUGGCCGCCCGGGGGACGCCUGGACGCGGCGACGGACUGGACACUAAGAGAAACACUUUCCAGCUGGUUGUGGCCUCCAUGGAGCUGUCCUCCUGCGCCAUCCUCCUGUACCCCCGAGACCGACUGCAGUUCCUCUCCACGCCAGUCGGGGGCGAGAGUAAGCUCCUCGAGGCUGGCUUCAACGAAGGCCUUGUAGCGGGCUGGUGGUGGAGUGAAAAACAGGGGACGUACUUCCGCACCACCACCGACGAAGAGACUUCCAUCAGGGAACUCACUGAAAAGACGAACUCAGGACAGAAUGGGGUUUGGGUGUACGAGAUCGGCUCCUCGCCAAUCUUUGUCGCCAUUACACCUGGGAUGGUCACUACCCUUCCUGAGGAAGAUGCCAUCAAGCCGCCCGUCACCCUGUCGCCAAGGCGAUCUGAGAAACCCCAGGUGGUACCACAAGAAACCGACGAGUCCCCAACAGAAACUCCCAACGAGUACAGACCCAUCACGGCAGAGUACGCCGAACCAGAGACCGAGGAACCGGAUUACCCAGAAUACCCAGAAUCGGAGACGCCAACGUACACCGAACCCGAGAGGGCUGAUCCAAGGUACCCGGAGCCAUCUGAGCCGAGAUACCCCGUCGUUGAGCCUUUGCAGCCAACCGUCCCUGAAACCACUGAGCCGAGAUACUCUCCAGUCCAACCAAGAUACCCUGAACCAGCCCAACCGGUGCCUCCACGUUCCCGGUCCCAGCAACCCCAGAUCGUCGUCGUAGAUGAAGAUGAAAAUCUGGACGUGAACGUAUUUGCGUACAAUUCGGAGACGUGCGCCCUCAACAGGCACAAGUGCUCAGCUUUCGCUGACUGCCGGGAUUACAGCAACGGGUACUGCUGCCACUGUAGGCCUGGAUUCUACGGUAACGGGAAGGACUGUGUCGCCGAAGGAAAACCACAGAGAAUGAACGGCAAGGUGAACGGUCGAGUGUUUGUGGGGAACUCGCCUUCGCCCGUGGAGCUCAGUAACAACGACUUGCAUUCGUACGUGGUAGCCAAUGACGGACGGGCCUACGUGGCCAUCAGCAACAUCCCCGACAGCCUGGGACCCUCCCUGCAGCCGCUGUCCUCCCUCGGGGGAGUCAUCGGCUGGGCCUUCGCCCUGGAGCAGCCCGGCUACCAGAACGGAUUCAGUCUCAUCGGCGGCAUGUUCUCGCGGCAGGCCGAGGUGAUCUUCCAGCCCGGUAACGAGCGUCUGAGCAUCAAGCAGCAGUUCACGGGAAUCGACGAACACGACCACCUGGUGGUGAGCACCGAGCUGGAGGGACGCGUGCCCGCUGUCCCGCUGGGAUCCUCUGUCCAGAUCAGCCCCUACAAGGAGAUCUACCAGUACGACACUAACCUCAUCACUUCCUCCUCCAACCGUGACUACACCGUCACCUCCCCCCACGGCGGCGGCGGUGCACAGACCCGGAGCUACCAAUGGCGCCAGACCAUCAGCUUCCAGAGCUGCCCGCACGCCGAGGCGGCCACGGCCGCCACCCAGCAGCUCAGCGUGGACCAGAUCUUUGUGAUGUUCGACGCGGACAACCAUCUGAUCCGCUACGCCAUGAGCAACAAGAUCGGCUCGGCCCACAGCAGUCUUCCAGAGCAGAACCCGUGUUUCACCGGCAGACACGGCUGUGAUAUCAAUGCCGUGUGCCGGCCCGGCGACGGCCUCCGCUUCACCUGCCAGUGUGCGACCGGAUUCAACGGAGAUGGACGCUAUUGCCACGAUGUGGACGAGUGCAGGGAGACUCCUCAGGUCUGUGGACCCAACGCCGUCUGCAGCAAUCAGCCCGGAACUUUCCGCUGUGAGUGUUUGAGCGGCUUCGUGUUCGCCAGCGAAGGAAGGACCUGCAUCGAGGAGACCCGCCCGGUGGAUCACUGUCAGAGAGGAAGCCACGACUGCGACGCCGCUGACCGGGCGCUCUGUAGCUACACAGGAGGCUCAGCGUUCGUCUGCUCCUGCCUGCCGGGGUUCGUGGGCGACGGCCGGGUGUGUCAGGACGUAGACGAGUGCCAGCAGGACCGAUGCCACCACGACGCCUUCUGCUCCAACACGCAGGGCUCCUACAACUGCCAGUGCCGCCCUGGUUUCCACGGCGACGGCUUCCAGUGCCGCCCCGCGUCCUCAGAGCGUGAGAAGACGCCGUGCGAGCGCCACAGAGAGAGCGCCCAGGCCGCCACCUCCAGCUCCGGUAUCUUCUCCUUCUUCCGUCCGCGGCCGGCCGUCGGUCAGUACGUCCCGCAGUGCGACCGCCACGGAGCCUACGAGCCCACGCAGUGCCACGCCAGCAUCGGACAGUGCUGGUGCGUGGACGCCAGCGGACAGGAAGUCCCCAACACCCGCACGGGGCCCGGCAGCACCCCUCUGUGUAUCGACCAGGCGGUCACGCCGGCUCCGGUGGGUCCGACCCCGCGGCCCGAUGUCCACCCCGUCGCCCCGGGAACACACCUGCUGUUCGCCCAGAGCGGGAAGAUCGAACACGUCCCUCUGGACGGAUACGACAUCAAGAAGGAGGAAGCCAAACCUCUGCUGCACAUCCCCGACCGGGUGGUGAUCGCCGUGGCUUACGACUGCGUGGAGAAGAUGGUCUACUGGACCGACAUCACGGGGCCGGCCAUCAGCAGAGCCAGUCUGAGUGGAGGAGACAUUAUCCCCGUCAUCACUACAGAGCUGCAGAGUCCUGAAGGCAUCGCCAUCGACCACGUGGCGCGCCUCCUCUUCUGGACCGACUCCAUGCGUGACACCGUGGAGGUUUCCAAACUGGACGGCAGCCAGCGGCGAGUGCUGUUCGACACGGACCUCAUCAACCCGCGACCCAUCGUCACCAACCCGGCGUACGGGCGGCUGUACUGGGCUGACUGGAACAGAGACGGCCCCAAGAUUGAGAUGUCCAACAUGGACGGGACGGACCGUACCGUGCUGGUGAAAGACGACCUGGGGCUCCCCAACGGCCUGACCUUUGACCUGGAAGACCAGCAGCUGUGCUGGGCCGACGCAGGAACUCGUAAGGUGGAGUGUAUGGAUCCUCACCGCAGGCUGAGGAGGCAGAUCGUGGAAGGGAUCCAGUAUCCGUUCGCUCUCGUCUCCUUUGGAAGGAAGCUUUAUUACACCGACUGGAGGAGGGAGGCCGUGGUCGCUGUGGACCGUCACUCGGAGAAGGAGACGGAGGAGUUUCUGCCACAGAGGCGCUCUCGGCUGUACGGCAUCACCACGACGCCGACGCAGUGUCCACAAGGUACGGCUACGCUGCCGUUAACAAGCUACACCAGCCGCUGCAAGGAGGAAUCCAUUAACCGUUAA